AUGUCGUCCGAAUCAAAGGGUGCUCAGCAUGCGUUCAAGACCAAUACUUCCUCCUCCGCCAAUGACUCGUCAAGUCUCAAUUUCACCUCGUCCGAUUCUAACGAUAACGCCCUCUCGGUCCAGCCCGCAGGUUCGCCUUCCAAGAGCACCUUCCAGUGGCCCUCGGAGCCUCUGAACGAGGGCCGUCCAUCGCUGCCUCAAGAUUCGCAGCAAAGUGUAGAAGAUGCCAAUCGCGAAAUUUCACAGCGCAUCACCGAAGCCGACCACGAUGCUGCCUCCCAACCUGAAGGCUCUCGCUCUCAUCCUGGGCUCGCCCAUCCCAGACGGUCUACCAAGCUGACGGCGACUCUCGACGACCUCGAGGAAGAACGCAAGCUGCAGCUCUCUCCUACAGCUACUCCUUCCGUCGGAGCGCCGACCUCGUCGCUACCCAUGCUCAGCCCGCGACCACAGAGCAUGCAUCGCACCUCGUCCACUGGCACCAACACGUCGGCAGCUUCCGACAGGCACAACGCCACCUCGUCAGCUCCUCAAUAUCCGAGCUUUCUUCCAGACAUGUUCCGCAAUGCAGCCAGCAUGCCGCUCAAUCUGCUCCGAUCUCUCCUCCCGGACAAGGCCUUCCCCACCUCCACGGACGAGGGGCUUAGCGCCAGCACGUUGCAAGUGCCUGUCACCAGCUUCAACGCUCUCUUUGAAGCUUGCAAAGCGCUCGAGUGGCUCGCCAACCAGGCUUCCCAGCUCGAUGCACCCGAAAAGGAAAAGGGCCCUGGCUCUCAUCGCAACUCGUCCAUCGCGCAGCAGUACACCGAGGACAGCGUCGACUUUGCCUACUUCGAUUACCUCCAACUCCUUCAGAAGGUCGCAGACGUCGUUAGUGGUCUCGCCGCAUCCAGAGGCAUCGAUCUCGUUCUUGAUCUCGAUCCGCAGCUACAGGGUCAGCCAGCCGACAAUCAGCGCCACUACAAGCUAGGCUCCUGCAAGGUCUGGGCCGAUCGUCACGCCCUCACCUUCCUCCUCAUGAGUUGCCUCUCUCGCUUGCUUCACAAUGCUCCCGUUCAGUCCACCGUCGUCAUCUCAUCCACUCUCACACCCAAGGAGGAGAACAUCGUACGACCCGACACCAGUUCAGAGAUGAAGCUCAUGAUCCUCACUCUCGGUCUGCGUCUUAUACUACCACCCACACAGGCUGCUACUACCGAGCUCAUGUCGUCCAUCUCGAGUACACCGGCCUCAUUUCUCCUCGAUGCGUUUGGCGCUCGUCUGACCACAGAACACUCUACCACUCCGCUUCCUGGCAGUCCUGUCAGAGCAGUCAUCGAUCAUUCCAUCAGCGUCCCCGUCGGGCAGCUUCCCGACGUUCCCGACCCUCCUAACACACAAAAGCAGCCCGAGAAAUCCCAGCAUUCUGUGGAACCUGAGCAGGAAGAGCUCGCCGACUUUGCCAAAAGUUUACAGCGCAACAAGGUGGCCCUCUAUUCCACGUCCCAGAGUAUCUUUGCACGUCGCUUGUCUACCUUCCUUUCCGGUUUCGGCUGCGAUGUCGCUCCCGUCUUUACCGACAAUGCCGACGAGGUUUCCUUCCACGGCAGCGACCACGUAUUCGGCAAGUCGACACACACCGCUGUCGCACUCACCUCCGGACGUCCUGCCCUCGUCAGCUACACCAGCGACAUUGACAAUCGUGCUCACCCUGCAUCGUCGCCAUCAGCCGACAGCACGGUUCCAGCAGGACGUGAUCGACAAAGCGACAAACCAGCGGACGCCGUCGACACGGCCGUCCUGGACCCUGUCACCGGUGUUCCGGUCACCUUCGACAAUUCGUCGCAUCAGCCCCGCGUUCCGGAGCAGAAAGAAUCCAAAUCGCAACACGAUGACAAACAGGACCCUUUGACCGCGGACACACAGAUCGACCCCGCCGGCAGACGUGUCGUCCCCUUCAGCUUUGUCAUCAUCGACGACGACAUUGUUACCCUGCAGAAGGAGCUUCUACGCAUUCGUUCAGCCGUGCCCCUGCUCAAGUCGGCCUUGGGCUCCAAAUCCACCCCCUAUCGGCCCGCAGCGGCACAGCGCAAGCCGUGUCGCCCGACCCUCGAUCACAGGACAAGAUCGACUCCACAAGUCAACCGUCUCAUGGCUUCUCAACCCAGCAAUUCUUCUUCGCCGUCUUUCGCUUCCGUGGGCUCGGCGUUGAUGAAUUCAUCGGACAACACCACUGAAUCACUCGCAUCCAUCGACGAGUCCGUGUCGCAGACCAUCAUCUUCUUCACAUCGAUGAAGUCGUAUCGCCUCGUGAGGGACACGGUGCAGCCCAUCAUCGACUCGGCCAGCUUUCGCGGUGUAUCUUCGCCACCUGAGAUCAUGGUCUUGCCCAAGCCCGCCGGACCCAAGAGGAUUCUGACCGCACUUUACGUUGCGCAUCACAAGCCAGUAGUGCGUCUGCCGUUUCUUCCGAUCGCCACCUCUCCUCUGUCGCCACUCGUUACUCAUUCGAAGAAUUGGUGGACUCCCUCCUCGUCACGCCAGGAGGACGAUCAAGGCAUCAUGACAUUACAACGACGAGACACCGCCUCUACGGAAACUGAUUUCGAUACAACGCCCUCUACUCCGUGGAGUCCAAUGGAUGCACCUAGACCGACCGAAGACAUACCAACUCCCGAAAUUCCCUUGACCGCCGAGAAUCUGCCGCUAGCCGGCGAGACUGUAGUCAGGGGUCCCAGCGCGAAAACCGUCACGAGAGACGCUGGAGUAGGAGCUGCGCCAUCCUCCGUCGCAACGACCACCAAGUCUGCUCUUGCUUCUACCGCUUCUCGACGGACCGACAUCAACGCAAACGCUAAUGCAGCUCGAACGCCAGCUUCGGCGUCCGCCGGUGCGACCUCGACACAGAGAAACAACAUUGCUGGCUCAGCUGCCGCGAGCUCAACAUCGCCUGUUUCGUCCAUCCAACAAGCUCGGUCGCAGCCCGUCAGCAGUCCCAUGCCUGCUGACGCGCUCGAAUACUUCAGCGAAACAGCCGCAAAGAUGGGCGGAAGCGCAGCUAGCGGUAUGGUCAUCCAAAGUCCCGAUGGGAGACCUGCUGGAAUCUUCUUCCAGCCCAAAGCUUCCCUAUCUACGCCCUCGCUUGCCGGGUCCAAGCCGACGCUCUCACGAGGUGUGUCUGCUUCUUCUCUGCGACGCGGACAUCAGACGCCGUCGGAGCACAGCGAGCGAUCGGACUCAGCUGCUCGGGAAAGGCGCACGGCCAACCGCAGCACUGGUUCCACGGGAGGUUCUGCUCGUGGCGGUGGCACCGAUGGACAUCUUCCACGUGCUGGCAAUCUGCACACAGUCUCUGAGCAGACGAGGUCAUCCGGCUCGACCGAACAAGGCCAAGGCGAAUUGCGAGCCGUGCCGCUGCCACUCCCCGGAUCAAACAAGUAUCCAUCGGGAAGCAUGUUCGCACCCGAGGUAGGCAUCCAGUCUGUGCUCAGCUCGUCUCGUCCACCUAUGACGACUCCUUUGGCUCCGAGUCUGUCCUCGCAGCCUCAAGACUCUAGUGCAGGCGGCUCCGGCAGUCGAGAUGUCAAGGCUGCGCAGGAUGUACCUGGCAAGAGUGACGGUGGAAAGCAGGCUAGGAACAACCCAGAUUCAGCGGUCGGGCCAGCGAAUUCGAAGAGCGGCGCCGAGUCCAAGACAAACAAGAGCGCAGGACCCGGGUCGACAAAGUCGGCCCAAGGCGCGCGUCCGCCCAGUGCAAGGCAGCCCGCAGCGUCCGGAAGCGAUUCCGCCAAUGCGUCUCCCAACGCGCGCAACUCGACCAAAGCCGCUAGCCGAGUGGCAGCACGUCAGUCGCUCAAGGCUGCUGUCACCGCAUCGCCCUCGGACCCCAAGAACAAGCCUUCAGCUGUGCCGCAAUCGGGCUUCAUGAUGGGUAUGGGAUUCGCCGCCCCUGCGCGGCGUGGACGUGGCCCCAAAAAGGCACCCGCACGUGAGGCCGUCCUACCGCCGAUCAAAGUGCUCAUCGUGGAAGACAACCCGAUCAACCAAAGGAUUCUGUCCACGUUCAUGGGCAAGAAGAAGAUCAAGUUCGACGUCGCCAACAACGGUCGCGAGGCAGUGGACAAGUGGAAGACGGGAGGCUACCAUCUGAUCCUGAUGGACAUCCAGUUGCCGGUCAUGGAUGGCAUCGAAGCGACCAAAGAGAUUCGUAAGCUGGAAAGAAGUGCGAACAUUGGAAUCCUGCCGAACACGCCUCCUGCCGGACCUGAUUCGAGAGUGGAUGCAAAGCAGUCGCAGCAACAGCAGACAACCCCUUCGUCGUCGUCGUUGAGCGGUGGCUCGAGGAGACUCACUGCCAAGGGGUUGAUGAAGCACGCUGUAGCAGGAUCCGGGGCCGAGUCACAGGCAGACGAUCCGAAACAAAAGUCGAGCUCCGCGACCGGCGGUCCCAACGCAUCCUCUUCAUCUUCCGCACUUGUCAACGGUGUCGGCGAAGCCAACACUAUCCCGGUCGCCAGGACGAGCGGCAGCGCGGGAGCCAUCAACCCUUUCCGAGCGUCCGUCAUCAUCGUGGCUCUCACAGCCUCCGUCCUCUCUUCAGAUCGAGUCGAAGCGCUCGCUGCCGGAUGCAAUGAUUUCCUCAACAAGCCGGUGUCCCUCCCCUGGCUCAACCAGAAGAUUCUGGAAUGGGGCUCGAUGAUGUACCUCAUGUACAGCGGAUUGUCGUCCGACGACGUUCACCUGGGUGUCCAUCAUGGUGGCGGCAACGCAGGUGGUGGUGGGCACAGGACGGAUAGAGCACAGCUGCAUCUAGGUUUCGGCUACGGUCCCGCAGAGAAGGCGAAGACGUUGGCGAACAAUCUGCAUCUAGGUGAUAAAUUGGAGAAGAUGAAGAAGAGGAACGAGGAACGCGAGAGGAUGGAGAGGAAUCGGGAACGGAGGGACGAGCAACAGCAGCAGAGGCAAAGGAAGGAGGAAGACGCGUCCAAGGAGACUGAAACCCGGGACAAGCAGGACAAAGCGGACGAUGCUGCGGAGGCCAACUGA